UUUUUUUCCCCUGAUCUUAAUCCUACACCAUGUUCAACAACAAGACCAACAAACGCAUCUCCCUUAACCCUAUUGACAAGAGUCAGUAUGAUGGUGAUACAACCCCCAUUAUGACUGACUAUAUCCCUUCAACCACCCCUACUUCUGCAACAUUUCCUUCUUCUCCCAGACAACAAGAUCAUGGGAGCGGUAGAGGAGGAUAUCAACAGGCACAUCGAGGAAACGGCGGGGCUUCAGGAGGACGCGGAUAUGACAAUGGGUUGAAAUCAGCACCUAUCCAGCUGCCGAGCGGAGAUUACGGUGACAAUCAUAGUAACAGGUCCCAACAUGGUCAAGGAUACAGCAAUGGUGGAAAUGGUGCGCGCAGAAAUAACACCUACCAUAGCAGUAGUCCAAACCAUCAACAGCUUCGCCAUCAUGCGACUCAUCGUAGCAAUAAUAGUAGCCAUAGCGGCAAUGGUGGCGGUAACGGCAAUGGUCGUCGCUAUCGAAACCAACAACCUAUGCCAACGCAACAGAUGACAUACCCCUCAUCGCGAAGCCAAUCAGACUUGCAUAAUGGAUACCAAUCUUCACAACCAAUCUAUUCGCCUACGGCAUCAUCUUUCCAUAGCCAAUACUCAUCAUCACCAGGAUCUCCUCUACCACCCUAUAUAGAGCGACCGACCAUGAAUCCACCACCCCCAAGCUAUUCACCAUCAACACGCGAUGGCAAAGGAGGUCGAAUGCCACCAUCUCGAUCAACCAGUGACCCGGAGUUGGCAUUGUAUGAGUCUAGUGCAUACUAUACCGAUCGCAACCGAAUGCAACAACAACAGAAGCAAAUGAUGCAACAGCGACGGAAGCAACAACAAGAGGCGCAAGAUAAGGAAUGCUGUUCCUGUUGCAGAGAUAUGGGCGAGUUUUGUCCUUGCUUUUGCUUCUGUUGCAUGUUUGGUGCAGCGGCUGCAUGAUAUCCCAACUUGCUCUUACUCUCUUUUUCAUUUCUAUUCCCACUCCUUCACUUCUUUCUCUCU